UACUGUCGAAUGCAAUCUAUUCACUCGUAUUUCAUUCUCUUUUUCUCGCGCCUUUUGUUUUGUUUUCUUUGCGAUACCGAGCCGAAAACGAAGGCGAAAGAAGCUCCAACGAACCCGAAGGAGAAUGAGAAAGGAAAAGUUGUGGAGCAUCCCUACCAACAAGACGUGGGUAACUAAACAAUUUCACCCUUUGGCCGUCAACUUCACCCCUUGCUGACCUUCCUUCUCCGGCGAGCUACAGCGGCAUAACCACGAGCGGCCUACACUACCGGCGACUCAUUUAGACCUUACAAGCUUUCAGCUUAUAUUUCUGGGCUAUUCUGUGAUUUUGGUAGGCAUCCAUGUCUCAGAGCACUUCUCGUUUCUCUUUAAUUCUCAGAAACUGUGCUCGUCUUAAUGAAGUUGCUCAAGCAAAGCAAGCACACGCGCAAAUCCUAAUUCAUGGUUUGAUUCCACAUUUAACUCUUGUGACAGAUCUCCUUUUGGUGUAUUGCAAAUGUGGGGUUCUGCAUGACGCCCGCAAGGUGUUUGACAAAAUGACUCAGAGAAACAUGCACUCCUGGAAUAUCUUGAUUGCUUCUUAUGUUCAUAGUUCUUUACAUUUUGAUGCAAUUAAUGUGUUUAACGAGUUUAGGGGACUUGGUUUUCUGCCUGAUCACUAUACUUUGCCCCAGAUGUUUAAGGUUAGUGUUGGUAUAGGAGAUGUUUAUAUGGGGAAGAGACUUCAUUGUUGGACAAUUAAGCUGGGGUUUGAAGGAUAUGUUGUGGUAGCCAGUACGGUUUUGGAUUUCUAUGCCAAAUAUGGGGUUGUGGGAGAUGCUAAGAAGGUGUUUGAUAAUAUGAUUUUGAAAGAUACAAUUUCUUGGAACUCAAUGAUUUCUGGGUAUGGGAGGGCUGGGCUUUAUGGGGAUGCAUUGGAUUGUUUCAAGCGCAUGCUCUUUGAAGGAGUGAAGAUGGAUAUCAUGACAAUUCCUAGCGUUUUGAAUGCUUGUGGAGGGGAAGGAGAUUUGAGAAAAGGCCAAGAAAUUCAUUGCUUAGUUUUGAAGAGUCAAUUAUUUGUUGCUGAUGUUGCUAUUGGGAACUCAUUGAUUGAUAUGUAUGCAAAGUGUGGAAGCCUGUUUGAUGCUGAAGAGGUCUUUAGGAAUAUGAGUAGCACGAAUAUUGUUACAUGGACAACAAUGAUAUCUUGUUAUGGGGCUCAUGGGAAAGGAGAGAAAUCCUUGGCACUGUUUAACAAAAUGAAGGAUUGUGGAAUCCAACCCAAUUCUGUAACACUAACAGCCAUUUUGGCUAGUUGCAGUCACGCAGGUUACAUCAAUGAAGGGUGGAGAAUUUUCAAGUCUUUUGUUUCAGAUUAUGAGGUUGAACCGACGGUAGAACAUUAUGCUUGUGUUGUUGAUCUUCUGAGUCGCUUUGGCUUUCUGCAGGAAGCGUUUAUGUUGAUAAUAAAUAUGAAACACACAGCCGCAGCAAGCGUUUGGGGUGCUCUGCUUUCUGGUUGUAUGAUGCACAAGAACAUUGAGAUAGGAGAAAUUGCAGCUAACCGGCUUUUCAAGUUGGAACCUAAGAAUCCAAGCAAUUUUAUAGCCUUGAUUGGUAUAUAUGAAUCUCUUGGAAUGUCGCAUGGCGUUUCGUUGACUAGAGGGAAGAUGAGAGAGCUGGGUUUGACGAAACUCCCUGGUUGUAGCUGGAUAACCAUUGAAGGAGUUGUACAUAAAUUCUAUGGAGGGGACAAGUCUCAUCCUUUGGGGUUGAGAAUAUUUGAAACGUUGAGUGCAGUAAAACAAGCCAGUGUAAACUGUGAAACGACUUGAAUUAACAGAUCCUAUUCAAGUAAGGUUGUAAACUGUGAAACGACUUGAAGUAAAGGAAUAAAAGCUCAAUGGUUAUCACAAAUUCUGCAGCAACCGGCCGGAACUCGAGUUGUUGGAUGAUUGGUUGAUGUAUCAAUUGACAGUAACCACAUUUUCUAGAGACCACUUGAAGGUGUGAGAUACCAUAUCGGUUGGGAGGAGAAUGAAAUAAUUUUAUAAGG